UUCCCCCCCCCCCCGCCGCUGCUGCUGCUCCGCAAUCGGGGAUAAAUCAGGGAAGCGGACACACGCACGGAGUGAGCGGGGAUCCGUUACAAAAGUAGCGCUGAUGGCGGCGGAUCGGAUGAAGCUGGAGCUGCUGCCGGAGUAACAGAGCGGAGUGCCUCUCUCGCUCUCUCCUCUCUUCCCCCUCUCCACCCACCGAUCUCCAUCGUUUCUCCUCCUCCUCCCCACCCUCGGCCGCGCUUUCUGCACAUCGCUGGGCUGUGCCAGGGGGCGGGCGGGGGCAGCGGAGGAGCCUUUAAAAACCGGCGGCCCCCCCACACCCGGCACGCACAAUAAUUGAAUUUAUUAUUACCGUCUCGCCGACUUGGGGGGAAAAAAAAAGAGGGAUCGAUCUUCGAUCAGGAAGAUGGCUGCUGGCUGGCUGCUGGUCUUUAGCCUGACACUUUUCCAGUCCCUGGUGAUGAACCACUCCUCGGAGGGCCCGUUCCCUUCGCCCACCACGAUAAAAUCAUGGGUAGAUAAGAUGCAAGAAGACCUCAUAACAUUGGCACGAACUGCAAGUGGAGUGGAACAGCUUGCUGCGAUAUAUUUGAAAAACAAAGAUUUGUAUACUGUGGAAGCCAACAAUCCUCGUCAGCUAGUGGAAAUUGCAGCCAGAGACAUUGAAAAACUGCUGAGCAACAGAUCUAAGGCUUUGGUGCGCCUCGCUAAAGAAGCAGAGAAGUACCAAGCAUCACAUCAGUGGAGGGAUGAGUUUGGGAAUAAUGAUAUAAUCUAUUACAAUGCAAAAGAUGAUCAGAAUGAUCCUGAAAAGAAUGACACUGAAUCUGGCAGCCAGAGAAUCAGACCAGUAUUUGAAGAAGAUCCUGUUUUCCGACGGCAAACGUCUUACCAACAUGCAGCAGUUCACAUACCAACAGAUAUUUAUGAAGGCUCAACAAUAGUGUUAAAUGAACUCAAUUGGACUGCAGCAUUGGAUGAUGUAUUCAAGCGGAACAGAGAAGAAGACCCUACUUUGUUAUGGCAAGUUUUUGGUAGUGCAACUGGCCUCGCUAGGUAUUACCCAGCUUCCCCGUGGGUAGAUAAUAGUCGAACUCCAAACAAAAUAGAUCUAUAUGAUGUUCGCAGAAGACCAUGGUAUAUCCAAGGAGCUGCAUCUCCCAAAGACAUGCUUAUUUUAGUUGACGCGAGCGGGAGUGUCAGUGGAUUGACGCUGAAGCUGAUCCGCACGUCAGUCAUUGAGAUGUUAGAGACCUUGUCUGAUGAUGACUUUGUGAAUGUAGUUUCAUUUAACAAUAAUGCUCAGAAUGUCAGUUGCUUUAAUCAUCUUGUCCAAGCUAAUGUGAGGAACAAGAAGAAGCUGAAGGAAGCUGUGGAUAAAAUCUCUGCUAAAGGAAUUACUGAUUACAAAAAAGGCUUUAGCUACGCUUUUGAACAGCUGCUGAAUCACAGUGUUUCUAGAGCUAACUGCAAUAAGAUUAUAAUGUUGUUUACGGAUGGUGGUGAAGAAAGAGCGCAAGAAAUAUUCCAUAAAUAUAAUGAAGACAAAAAAGUACGUGUGUUCACAUUUUCUGUUGGUCAACAUAAUUAUGACAAAGGACCUAUUCAGUGGAUGGCCUGUGAAAAUAAAGGCUAUUAUUAUGAAAUUCCAUCCAUUGGAGCCAUAAGAAUAAACACCCAGGAAUAUCUGGAUGUUUUGGGAAGGCCAAUGGUGUUAGCUGGAGAAAAAGCCAAACAGGUCCAAUGGACAAAUGUCUAUCUGGAUGCUCUGGAGCUGGGACUUGUGAUUACAGGAACUCUGCCUGUCUUCAAUCUAACAAAAGAACAAAAUGGAAAAAUAAACCAGUUGAUUCUUGGAGUAAUGGGGGUUGAUGUCUCUCUGGAAGACAUAAAAAAGCUGACACCUCGAUUUACGCUUUGUCCAAAUGGAUACUACUUUGCAAUUGAUCCUAAUGGGUACGUGCUACUUCAUCCAAAUCUUCAACCAAAGCAAAUUGGUGUGGGCAUACCAAAAGUUAAUUUGAGAAAAAGGAGACCCCAUGUACAGAAUCCUAAAUCCCAGGAGCCAGUAACACUGGAUUUUCUAGAUGCUGAACUGGAAAAUGAUAUUAAAGUUGAGAUUCGAAAAAAAAUGAUAGACGGAGAAAGUGGAGAAAAAACAUUUGAAACUCUGGUCAAGUCCCAGGAUGAGAGAUACAUUGAUAAAGGAAAUCGAACAUACACAUGGACGGCUGUGAAUGGCACUGAUUACAGUUUGGCAUUGGUGUUACCAUCAUACAGCUUUUAUUAUAUUAAAGCUAAAAUAGAAGAACCAAUAACUCAAGCCAGAUUGGCAAUCAAAAAGGAUUCAGAAACACUGAAGCUUGAUCAUUUUGAUGAAGCUGGCUAUACGUUUAUAGCACCAAGAGAAUAUUGUACUGAUGUAAAGAAAUCGGAAAACAACACUGAAUUUUUAUUAAAUUUCAAUGAGUUUAUUGAUAGAAAUACUCCAAGCAGUCCAUCAUGUAAUACUGAUAUGGUCAUUAGAGUUCUGCUGGAUGCAGGAUUUACAAAUGAACUUGCCCAGAAUUAUUGGAGUAAACUGUAUCUUGAUGGAGUUGUUGCACAGUUUGUUGUUACGGAUGGUGGAAUUACCAGAGUGUUCCCCAAAAGGGCAGGAGAAGAUUGGUUGGAGAAUGCAGAAACUUAUGAAGUCAGUUUCUAUAAACGAAGUUUAGAUAAUGAUAACUAUAUUUUCACAGCUCCAUACUACAACAAAACCGGUGCCAAUAGCUAUGAAUCAGGUAUUAUGGUAAGCAAGGCAGUGGAAAUAACAAUUAAUGGAAAACUUCUGAAACCUGCAGUUGUUGGAAUAAAAAUUGAUGUAACCAGAUGGAUGGAAAAUUUCACAAAAACCACAAUCAAGAGCCUGUGCAACAGUGAAAUCUGUGGCUGUGAAAAAAAUAGUAUGCAUGUGGACUGUGUUAUCCUUGAUGAUGGUGGAUUUCUUCUGAUGUCAAAUCGGGAUGAAUAUACCCAACAGAUUGGAAGAUUCUUUGGUGAAAUUGACCCGGGCUUGAUGAGAAACUUAAUUAACAUGUCCCUGUAUGCCUUUAACAAGUCGUAUGACUAUCAGUCAGUCUGUGAUCCUGAAGAAGAACCAAAGCAAGGAGCUGGACUUCGUUCAGCUUAUGUGCCUACAAUAGCAGAUAUUUUGCAUCUAGGAUGGUGGGCUUCAGCAGCUGCCUGGUCUAUCUUACAGCAGCUAUUUUUGAGCUUGACUUUCCCACGUUUCCUUGAGGCAGCUGAUAUGGAAGACGAUGAUUUUUCUACUGCUCUGCCUAAAACAAGUUGUAUCACUGAGCAAACUCAGUAUUUCUUCGAAAAUGAUGAUAAAUCUUUUAUUGGGAUUGUAGACUGCAUCAACUGUUCAAGACUUUAUCAUGCAGAGAAGAUUUCAAACACCAAUCUAGUAUUCAUUAUCAGUGACAGCCAACUGCUGUGCCGCUCCUGUGAUCCAAAGCCACUGAUGCAAGCAGAAAAGCCGGAUGAAGGGCCAAAUCCUUGUGAAAUGGUCAAACAGCCCAGAUACAGAAAAGGUCCUGAUGUCUGUUUUGAUGAAGCCAAACAGGAAGAUUCGGCUGACUGUGGUGGUGCCUCUGGUCUGAGUCCAUCACUGUGGUCUAUGGUAGGAAUUCAGUUGGUCCUGCUUUGGCUCUUAUCUGGCAGCAGACACUACCAGUUAUGACCUUGCUAAAACAAAACCUGCAUAACUUAAUCAAGAUCCGGCCAAAUGAUAGCCUCAGUUCCAUUUUAAAAAGGGUCAGCUAUUCAGACAGAAGCAGAACAGCAACGUUCAUGUCUGGUUAUCACGCGUUGUGAGAUUCAUAAAGGCACUCAAAGUGGCUGCAUAUUGGAGUGUCAAUCCUUAAACGUAUGUGAAUGCUGCAUCAUCUCUGCCACCCGAACAGAAUUCCAUACAUCCUUCAUUGGGGAAUCUAAGAUUUUUUUCAUUCAUUUGUUGUUGUAAUCUUGAUGACUUCAUGUAAAAGGGCUCCCCUGACCAUAGCUUAUGUAUAUGAUUUUCAUUUAUUUUAAGCUUUGGAUUUCUUGAAGAUUUAUAUUCUUUUACAUGAACAUUUAUUUAUGAAAGAAAAAAGGAAAAAAAAGAGAGUAUACUCCCCUGUAUACAUUGCUAGCACCACGAUGGCUGCUUUGAACAUCAAGUUCAUCCAAACUGUUUGAGUGAAAUGAAAAUGUUGGCUAGUCUUCAUCAGAAGCUCAGUAUGAUUGAAAUGCUUUUGAGUGGUUUAUUCUUCCUAAGUUAAUCAGAACAGGUAGCUGGCAAUAUUUAGGUGGGCUCAUAAUUUGUUAGUUUAGAGAAAAGAAUGGAAAAAGGAGGAAAUUACUAUUUUUAAAAAUAUAAAGAUGCUUGAGAGUGUAAUUUAAAAACAAUUAUUUUAAUCUUGGUGUCAUCUUUUAUCAGAAGAAUAAUAAUUUCUAUUUACUAUUCACCUCCUUUUCACAAUGACAGAUAUACAUAUAAGGUAGUCAAGUCCUUCAAAGAUUGAAAAAAAGACUUGUGAAUACUAACAAAAAAAAAAGUACAUGUGAUAUUUGAAUGUUGGUUUCCAAGGGUAUUUUGCAUGAUGAUGAUGAUUCUGCAUUUUUAAGUUAGUUUUCUUUGAUGGUAGAGUGUAGUCCAUUGCAAAGGUAACUGAGUGGUUCUUUUAUUGUGUGAGAAACUGAACAUUGCAAUGUGUUGCAAUCAAUUCAUAUUAAAUUAUAUUAUGAAAUAGAGCUCUGAAUAUACUGUGCAAUGAAAAGCUGAGAAAAUAGGGUAAAUUUAGCUAUCAUAAUGAAAAGGUUGAGUUGGAUUUUUUUACAUAAUAGUGAUCUCACAUUAAAACCUGUGUACAGAUAUUUUAAGUAUAUAAAAAAAUCAGAUUUUGCAUAUUUAUUUUUGAAAGUAUAUGUUCACUAAGGUUCAUAUCAGGUUCCUCCUUUGUUUGCUUUAAAAUUCAUCCAGACUAUUAAAAUUAUACUGUUGCUAUUUGUUAUUGAAAAUAACAAAAUUAACAGCAAAAUUACCUGGUUUCUGAGAUUGGGAAAAAUCUAAACAAAUGGGGAGCCUUGAAUCUGUAUGUAUGCACAUUGAUACUUGAUUGUGAAUAAUAAUUUUAGAAGUUGUUUUUAUACAACCUCAUUUGUGAUACAGAUUGGUGCAGUAAAUUGCAAUAUUACAGUGUAUCAUAGUGUUGAUGCAAAAUAUGGUUUGUGCUUUUUUCUAGUUUUCAGAACUAAACAGUAUUGCAAGACAGCUAAACCAAUGAAUGUGCAACUCUGCUGAUAUUGUAUACUUCUGCUAAAAACUGCAAUAUGCAAAUAUUAACAUGGUACAAUAUACUAGCUCUGUAAAAACUUAAGAAAAUUCAAAGCAUUGGUAUGUGUUUGCUGGCAAUUGAUUGAUAUAAUUUUGAUCAUGUCAAAAGCUUAAAGAAACAAUUGGGCAUGCAUUACUACCCUAUGAAACAUGAAGAAGUUACUCAAAGCCAUGGCAUGGCUUAAAAGAUCAGAUGUCUAAUUGUACCCACGGCUGGUUUGUUGUUUUCCUCAUGAACCUUGGCUCCAGCAAUGUAUUUUCUCAUCUUUGGAAGUACAAUGAGUGAAAACAGUAAAAACUGACCUUCUGUUCAGUAAUAAAUUUUAGCUUUUAAAAAAUACCUCUUGUACAGUCAUGGGGUCUAAAUUACAGUCAACUCUGUUGGAUGACUUCAGGUCCUCCUCAAGGAAGGUGAGCUAAUGUUAAUGCUAUGAGUAAAGGUAAUCUUGCAACCCUUCUUCCAGUUAUAUUACUGCACUUCUUAUUAAAAACAAAACAACAACAACAAAAAAACAAUAAUAAUAAUUGCUUGAGUUUUUCUAAUCCUUAAACUCUAUUCUGCAUAUUUUCCGUAACAUGGUCUAAUGAAAUCAUAUGAAGGAACAAGGUUUGUAGGAUUAAGCCAAUUCUUAAUAAGCUCAUUUGCUUUUACUUUAAGAUUAGCUAAAAUACACAUUACUAUGCAUCUUGCUCUUUUAAUUUCUUGAAUGAUUGCCAGUAUAAGAAGUGCUAUACAUUUUUCACUGAGCUACCGAAAAGAAACCCUUCAUGGAAAAGUUACAUUACUGAGAUGUUAGAAUAAUUUGGUUAUACGAGCGACUCUUAUUCUGAGGUAGUUAAUAAACAUUUGAUGAGGGUCUGUAGGAAGGAAGAAAGAUAGUACAAACUGUAAUGCCACAGAAACCAAGUGGGGUUUUUGAUCUCAUUCCACUUCCCUUAGAGAGCUUGCAUAUAAAAAGGAGGGAGAAGUCCAUGCAGUGCAGACACAUUAUCCUUUUGGGGCUAUCCAGAGAGGGAAAUACUCUUUGUUCCUCUCCUCUGCCCCUCUCUAGGACGUGAAGAAUCAUUUCUUUAUAUAGACCUAGCCUUUUAGCCAUUAAACCUGUCUGAUAGAAAACUCAGGAUUUUGGUUGUAUGGAAUCGACUUAUCUAUAACAUACAAAGCACCAGAACACCAGAAAGCAAAUGCAAUGUGAAUGUUAGCUAUCUCAAAGUGUGAAGAACAGUCUGUUAGAAAUAUCUUCCAUGAAAAACUAAUUCUUACGCAGAAGAAUAUCCUUACUCUCACAUAAUGUGUAGUAGUCAACUUCUCUUUGUAAGAAAAGAAACUUGAUCUUGGGCUUGAAAUUGAAACAUUUUCAAACUACAAUAUGCUGUAAAAAGUUUUUUUGAAGUCACAUAAUAAACUAUGUUGGUAUUUGCUCAGAUCCUUUAAAUAGCACUAAGGGACAGAGAUAAACUGCUGUUUUCAUUUGCACAGAAGUCAUGUGGCCUACUGUACGUCUGAUAAAAACCACCAUUAAAGUUCUCACAGUGUGGUACUGUACAAGUGUGAUCCGAAGACUUAACAUGAAAGGCUUCUUCUUUUCUUUCCCUUUUGUUUGUUUAAACAACCAGCAUUACUGCCAAGACACUAACCGUGGUCCAUAUUUGUAUCAGGUUUUUAACAUGACAUAGCAGGUUUGAUUGACAAGAUUUUUAGGUCCUGUAUCAUUAAGACUUUAGUAUGAUAUUUUUCAUGUUUCUAAUGCUUGAGGCUUUACUGCUUGACAAAAAAAAAAAAAAAAAAAAAAAAAAAAAAAAAAAAAAAGUGUUGCUGCCAUUUGUAAUUUUUCCUAUAAUAUUCCUUUUACUAACUUUAAAACUGGCCUUACUGGGUUCAAAUAGGCAGUAUCCCUUUUAAGUGACCUUUGCAACCCAAGUGUUACUUGCUGCAGUUGAGAGUUUUUGGUAUCACUGAAGAGACAUUAAGAACUUUUUUUUUCCCAUCAACAUGUAAGCUCAGAAAGUGUGCUUAGUAUCUCUUAAUUUCAAAAUACAACCUCAGUCUCACUGGUCCUAAAAAUUCAGAUGCUAGUACACUGGUUAUAAGAGGUAUAUUAAUGCCUACAAAGCACUGCAGUGCUCUCUGAUGGUUUUUAGAAUGUCGACUGAAGGUGAAAUCUUAAUCACUCUUUAGGUGAAAUUUUACCCUAGCUUCAUCAGACAUCUGAGCCUUUUAAAAAGGCCAGAUUUUUUUUUCUUCCAUACCACAAUGUUAAUAUUGUUAAUAAUCAUUGUACACUACUGUAAAAAGAUUAAAACAAAGUGUCUGAAAACAAUUCAAGAGUUUUGAAAAGUUAGCCUAACCUUCCUAGCUACUUGCAUCUGUACUGUUUAUGGUUUAAAAGAAAAAUACCAUCUUGAAGAAAUAAUUUCACUGAAGCUAAAAGAGUACUGUUGUUCAGAUGCCAUGAAAAUGCGAUUGUGAUCUGACAAAGCUGUCUUCUCUUCUUGUGUUGUAUGGAAUGUCUGGAUCAUGCUUUCUGGGAUAUUUUUAUUGAAAUGCUCAGUGUGCGUUUCUCCAAAAAAGGCUUGCUUGCUCUUACAAGGCAAAGCAAGUCUUUCUCCCUUUUAUUGUGUUCUCUUGACACUUUUGUGGAACUUGACAAGCCUGGAAAAAUAAAUUUUUGUAAAAAUUUGUACAAUAAUGUUAUAAAAAGUUUAUAAUCCUAGAACUGUUGUGUUAAUUCUUGUGCAAAAACAGUAUAUUCAGAAUAAAAAUUUAUCAUUUAAAAUCA